UACAAAAUAUUGUUAAAGAAAUAUUUUGACACAUUCCUCCACAUAGUGUAUUAUUUUUAAUUAUUACAGGUACAUUUUCAUUUUGAAACAUGGAAAUUAGGAAAGGAAAGAGUCCUCAUCGAUAAUAGCAAAGUUAUUGGGAAAAAAGAACCAAUGGUAUUGAUCAUCGGUCAUAAAUUUAAACUAGAAGUUUGGGAGACCAUUGUGAAAAAGAUGACUGUGGGUGAAGUUGCUAGCUUCAAAGUUCCGAAAGAGUUGGUAUUUAGUUACCCGUUUGUAUCUAAGACAUUGAGAGAACUCGGAAAAGAUGUUAAAACCAUCAAACACUCAUGUACAAUGACUCUACAGACAGAAGGUAUCGGCUAUACAGAUCUCGAUGACUUGAUACGCAAUCCAUGUGACUUAGAAUUCAUAAUAGAACUAUUAAAAGUAGAAAGAGCAGAUGAAUAUGAAAAAGAGUUCUGGCAGUUAAAUGUUAAAGAAAGGGUAAACCUUGUACCAGUUCUCAAAGAGAAGGGCAACAAAUUAUUCAGAGAAAAUAAAUUUGCUGAAGCCGAGGAGGCUUACAGCCAAGCUAUUGCAAUUUGUGAACAACUAAUGAACAGGGAAAGGAAGACUGAUGAAGAAUGGAUUAAUUUGAAUAAUAUUAAACUUCCUAUAUUACUCAAUUACACACAAUGCAAGCUUAAAAGCGGAGAUUACUAUGCAGUGAUAGAGCAUUGCAAUACUAUAUUGCAGUAUGAUAAAAAUAAUGAAAAAGCUUUAUACAGAAGGGCAAAAGCACAUGUAGGUGCUUGGAAUCCUGAUAAAGCAGAGGAAGAUUUCAAAAGGCUGAAAGAAUUGAACCCCUCAAUGUCAAUUAUGGUGAAAAAUGAAUUGGAAACUAUAAGAAAAUUAAGACAUGAAAAGGAGCAAUGUGACAAAGAUGCAUUAAAAAAAAUGUUUAAUAAAGACGAACAAAUGUAGAUGUGAGAUUUUAAUCUUCACACAAAAUACCAAAGCUACAAUUGUACUGUGUAAGGUCGGUUAUAUCUUUAGGUAUUCUUUAUCUUAUAAUUAGUAUUUAUUGUUCAAAUGAGUACAUAUUAUUGCUGUAAUCAUAUAAGAAAAAUAUUUAUACUUAUGUGUAUAGUUUGUUAAUUUUGUGUUUAUGUUUUAUGUAAAUUAACAGUUAAUGUUAUUGAUUUAAAUAUUUACCACCAUACUGGAAUUACAAUAUUAAUAUUAUAGGAACUUUUACGCUUAAUAUACAUUGUGUACCUUAUGAUAAAACGGCUAUUUUAUACAAAUUAAUACUGAAAAAGUCACAAAGUGCCCUCCAAGAGAUGUAAUAACUUUAAAUUUUUAUAUAAUGACUUCAUAAUACCUACCAAGUCCUUGACUAAGCGAUUAACAUUUUGGAAUAUAUUUUUUAUACAUACUUCUAAGUGGAAGGAAAUAUAAAAGGUGCUUUAAUAAAUUCAAGUUAUAUUUAUUCAUAAAAUCUGUUUUUGCCAAGGCAUUCGCUAACAAUUACUUGUAUAUCAUUUAAAAAAUCAUAGUAUAUCAUUUCAAACCAUUGAAGCAUUCAUUAUUAGAAUGGUUGGUUUAGUUGGAAUUUUCAAAAUAUUGUCAUUAUACUUUUCCCCCCCCAAAACUUUUAUAAUAGGAUUAGAAUUAACAUAUCUACCUCUAAUCUCUGUUAAUACUUAUUAUAUUGAAAUAAAUUGACUAGUUAAUGUAAUAUGCAAAUCAUUUAUUUUAUUUUAUAAUAUUAUUUUGGUACUUAUAGAUAAUAAAGAGUUUAAUGCUACAUCGUAAAGUGAACAUGAUAAUAUUGCAGUAAGCUAAUAUUGCAAAAAUAACGACUGCAGACGGUGCAUUG